AUGGUCGAGUCUGAGAACGGGUCGGGGAGCAGCGGCAUUGCACUGGGGCGGAAUCGGCAUUGGAUGCCGACUUCUUUGCGGCGCCCUUUCCUUUUCACCGUGGCUGCUUUCCUUCUAUUGAUGGGCGUAUCAAUCGAACUUCUCCGACAAUACUCCAAUCGUCACCAUGGACUCAUCCAUCUCAAAUCAUAUGAGGAUCUCGGAAGGCUCACUUCAGGGGUGUACACUUAUGUACCAACAGCCUUUGCCGUUCUAGUAGUAGCAUUAUGGAAUAUUUGCACCCUCGAUGUUUUGCGCUUGGAGCCGUUCUUCCAGCUCGCCAACCCUCGAGGGGCCCCCGGGACCGUGCUGUUCACCAAUUACUCCUUCUUCUAUGGCAUUGUGACUCCCAUCAUGGCAGCACGUAACCGCCACUGGAUUGUGGCAUGUGUCUCAACAAUUGCUCUGGUUCUGCGAAUGAUGUUGCCUUCCCUACUGUCCGGCCUCGUGUACCUGGACGAGCCGACUAUGGUCGUCGUGAGACAUCUCAAUACGUGGCCCAGUCUAGUGAACUUGGAAACACAGAGCUCCUGGCUAAACAAUGCGGCAUCUCAUUCCAGGAACAGAACUGAUAUCUUCGAAGAGACCUUUUUUUUCUACCAAACGCCCGAUUACGCUCUGCCGCCCAUCUCAAGGCCGGUGCACGCUAAUCGCGGAGCCUCGACCUGGGAGCUCACUCAAAAUGUCCACUGGGCCAAUUUGAGCUGCGUGGAGGUUUCUGUGGAUGAUAUCAUUCCCACCAAGUGGAUUGGAUCCAACUCCACUGGCACAGCCUUGGCAUGGGAUAUUCGCAAUGUUCUAUUCCAGAAUGCUUCGGAUACCAGUGCAGACUCCAACUGUCAGAUUGAUAUCACCCUGAAUAGUACCUACCCAACGGGGAAUGGGUUGUCCCAAAUACGACAUUGGGAGCCUCUCAAUCCUAAUCCCAACGCCGAAGACACGGCUACCUUGAACCGUACUGGGUGCGAGUCAUUUUCGUUGAUGGGACUCACCAUUGAUGUUGAUGCCACAUCAAAAGAUUUAGCUUCGAAAGCCACGGUCUUCGGGUGCACCGCCGCAUACUGGCGCGCAGAGGCGGAUAUAACUCUACCGACAAACUCCUCCAUUGCCGAUGUUACGAAUGUCUCGAACAUGACGACUACUUUAACCCCUGCGGACCUCAGUAUUUCAAGCUUCCAGAAUCUGCUUUUCACAAAAUACCUUCAAAUCGAUCUGACGCUGUGGAACAACGGGCUCUCGAUCAGCUUAGCUGGUUCCACAGGUGUGAAUCGUACACUGAUCCGCAGCGACCCUAAUCGCAUAAAUAUUACUCAAUAUGAGCAAGCUGUCGCUCAGCUCUGGAAUCGACAGUUUGUUGGCUCGAUGAACAAAUUCUUCAACACAACGACGGGUCCAACGCGAGUCCAAGCCAAACAGAGUACCGACACAAUAAUCUAUAGUGUCGCAUCUCAUUCCGCUCUUGUCGCAGAAGGUCUUCUCCUGUCAGCCUUUCUGCUGCUUCUAGUGAUGGCCUUAAUAUACCCACUCCGACCUAAUUUCCUCCUAUCCGAUCCCGGCUCUAUUGCGGCGCAAUGCGCCCUUAUCACAGACACGUUUUCCUCACUCAACCGAUUGAUGCAUUCCGAUGUGGACUACUACCGGGCCACGCCUCGGCAGCUUCGUCGAUUUGCUCGCACGCUACGGUGUAUAUGGGUUGACGGGCCUGAUGGGAAACGCAUAGACAUAAUCCCCCGAGAGGGACAUACAGCAGCACCGAACCCCGGAGCAUCUCGCGCACGGCGCAGAGCACGUCUCAAUGCCCGGCCACAUUUCUUAACGCCACCAUGGUUUUUGGUUGAAUGUGUGCUGAUGGCAGGAGUGCUGGGUGCGUUUGGAGUAUCGUUCCAAUUCAUUCGCUUGGACAAGUUUGAUACUUCCGACUCAGCCGGAACAAUGACUGUCGCGCUCUUCUUAAUAUACGGCCCCACUGUCAUCGCCUCCAUGAUCAGCUCCCUCUUUGUCUCUGUCCACCGCCAUAUAGGUAACAUGGAGCCUUGGGUUCAGCUGCAAGAAGGGAUGGCCCUAGCCAAACAUUCUCUGACGGUGAAAUAUGGCUCUCAUACGCCUGUGACCGCUUGGAAACAGUUUCGUGAAAACAGGCCCCCUCUUUUGGUCGCGCUCUCCGCGGUCUGUAUCCUAGACUUUGUCUUAACAAUCGUCAGCAGUGGCUUGUUCGAGCCAUCUGUCGACCGUUGGACAGAGCACACGGAUGUCAUUGCCGCGCAAUAUAACGACUCUCGUUUCUUCAAUCCUGAAGUCCGGGCAGUGUUCAACGGCUAUAGUCUAAUCUCAGAUGGCUUGUUCACUGGUAAUUCUUUACUAUCAUGGAAUACUGCCAGCUUCUCAUUCUACCCACUUGGAAUUAACGAUCCAGAUGCACAAUACAAUGACUGGACGAUGUAUACGGCCCGUACGCGUGGGAUUGGAGUCGAGCUUCAGUGUGGAGAGGUUUCUCCCAGCCAGUCCCGAUACGACAGUCUCUCAGACUCUUCAUACUGGACCUACACUCCAUUUGAAGCUGCCACGGGCACGAACUGUACCGCGGAAAUGCAACGACCAACUGAGAACACCCAGUCCGGGUCCCUUUAUUUCAGUGCAUCCAUGAAUACGAGUCUUGCAUGUCAGACAUCCUUUGUGGUGAGCCGCUACGGCGACAUAAAUGGCACAAACAUCAUAUAUGGAGCCGAAACAAACUCAAGCGUCUUCCAUUGCAGUCCUAAAGUUAUUAUCGAGGAUUUCGAGAUGGAGUUCGACCCCAACGGGCUGGUCUUUGGCUACCAGCCAAUACCGGGGAGCUCCGUUACAAGCGGCCCAAUGUUCCAAAAUGUUUCCAGCGGCCUUGUGCUGUUCAACCAGGCCUUCAUACGACAUGGUGAAGUCGAUCAAUCCUGGCCUGCCCUCUUGACAACGCAAGUCUACGAUAGGCUCAUUGCCAACCAUACAUCCCAUAACCACACCUGGUCUAAUCACAAAUUCCGACACCACUCUCAUCCUCAUCCCAACACCGAAGCUCAAGAACAAGCUCUUUUAAUCCACACCCUUCAAACCGUCUACCGAGCAACUUUCACAACCUACACCACCCUCCAGCGCGACCUCUACCUCUCGCCUCUUGCCCUUUCCCAAAACGCAAACACAACCAUCCCCAGCACUGUGAUGUCGGCAGUGUGGGAUAUUACACCUUCCAACACCACAAUCGUCAUAAUCAUCAUUCUCCUCUCCAUCGAUCUCUUCGUUCUAGUAGGAGUCUUCUGGCUGCGCCACAAACACUACGCCGGCGCACCUGUCCCGCAUUCAAUCGGAUCUUUGGUCCCCUGGGUUGCGCACAGCCGUAUGCUGAAUGAUAUUCGGGGCACAGGUAACUGGAGUGAACAGAAACGGAAAGAGCACCUUGAGCGGCUAGGGUACCGGUACCGGUUUGGGGAGUGGGGCGGUGCCGAUGGACCGGUGGCGCUCGACUAUGACGAGAAGCCCUUAAUUGAAGAGGAGCGGCAUGAGAUGGAUGAAAUAGAAUUGACUAGGUCGAUCAAGAGGGAGGAAUCUGGAACGGAUCCGCCCGAGGAGCCGCAUGAUCGUGAAUAA